AUGUUAAGAUUUAUAUUGAUAGCGCUCCUGACGAGCUGCCGAGUGAAUGGAAAUACCGAUAGUACAAAUGAGCCGCAUCAUCGGCAGAAACGAGUAUUUUGGAUUACCAAUGAUGGCAGAAUAGCUCUACCACCUGGUACUAUAUUGACCAUCACUCCUACGAUUGCUUUACCUUUCGUACGUUAUCCACCUCAUGGAUUUCUCAGUAAUAUGACGAUAAGUCUUCCUUUCACAAUUGACUUCGACAAAUUAGGAUUAACAGACAACGAAAAUCCUUACGGAGCAUUACCGCCGGUGUUUGGCCGCGGAAUGGAAAGUAGAAAAGCCGGUAUGAUGAUGGCCGAUUUCAUAGCCUCGUUCAUAAAACGACGAUUACAUAAACGUGAUUUAGAGGAAGCACCACCUAAAAAUGCAUUUCACGGAGGAGAGCGCGCAUUAUUGUACGUAACUGCGGAGGAAAUGCUCUCCACGCUGGGUAUGGACGGCAAGGCUUGCUUAUUGCGCGCUAUUUGCGAAGUUCAAGGCCACCCGCUCAGUAAUUUUGGGCUUGUCGGUGAAAUGCUUAAACUAUUUUUCACGGCAAGUAAAUCGCCGUUUGCUGAGCUACUGAACGAGUAUGUAGAAGCUGAAAACCGUGGAAAAAUUCAUGGAGAGUGCUGGCCUUAUUAUAAAAAUUGUCCUAAAUCAUUGUUUUUACCUUCGACUAAUCGAUAUACAAAAGACAGCAAUGAUAUAGAAGAACCAAAUGAUGAAAACGAAAUAAAAGACCAAAAAUCAGAUUACGACAGACAAAGUCAAGAAUACAUGAUUAACCCAUCCAUGUAA